CCCUCUCUCUCGCUUUUCUCUCCUCCGCGGCCAUUGCCUGCCCAAGAAACGGGGGCCGUCUCCCACCUCGUCUCGGUCUCGCCAUGGUUAGGAAGGAGUCGACCACUAGCAUGAGGCUCCCCCCGCAGCACCAGGGGCUGGAGGUCAAGAUCCCCAGCUUCUUCCGCUGCCCCAUCUCGCUCAACGUCAUGCGGUCGCCGGUGAGCCUGUGCACCGGGGUCACCUACGACCGGGCCUCCAUACAGCGGUGGCUCGACUCCGGGAACAACACCUGCCCGGCCACCAUGCUCCCGCUCCCCUCCACCGACCUCGUCCCCAACCUCACGCUGCGCAGCCUCAUCGCGCACUGGUCCGCCUCCGCCGCCUCCUCCUCCCCCGCCGCCGGCUCCGUGGGCUCCGGCGCUGGCCCUUCCCCCGCGUGCCUCGUCCGGCAGGUCGCGUCGUCGGACGCUGACCCUUCCACGGCGCUGCGUGCGCUGGCGGCGUAUCUCUCCGACGAUGACGUUGACGAGUUUGAGAAGAAUACGCUGGUGGGCGCCGGCGGCGCCGCCGAGACAGUGGCGUCGGUUCUUAGGAGGAAGGGUGAGCAGCAGAUAAGCGUCGAGGGCGCCGAGGCGGCCGUCAGGGUGCUCGCUGCUACCGUCGCGUUGGAUGGAAUCGAGGAUGCGAACAAGAAGCGGGUAGCCGCCGGCCUCGCCGCCGAUGCGUCGGCGUCGGCUGCGUCCCUGGCACGCGUGCUGCGGGGAGGGAGCGGCUUGGAGGCGAGGAUCGACGCCGCCAGGCUGGUCGAGUUCUUGCUAGCCAAUGCCGCCGGCGAGGCGAAGGAGGCGAUCGCCGAGUCAUCGGAGCUGGUCGGAGAGCUGAUACGGCUCGUCGGCCCCGUCGACGAGAAGGGCAGCCUCGACAUGAAGGCCGUCGACACCGGCCUCUCCUGCCUCGCCACAAUCUCCCGGUCGCGCCGCGCCGCGCGCGCCGAGAUGGUACGCCUCGGCGCCGUCCCGGCCGCGGUGCACGCGCUCCACGCGACGGCAGAGCCGGGGCCCUCCGCCAGGGCCCUCCGGAUCCUCGAGUCCGCCGUCGGCUGCGCCGAGGGCCGCGCCGCGCUCUGCGAACACGCGGAGGAGGCCGUCCCGGCGGUGGUGGGCAAGAUGAUGAAGGCCGGCCGCGACGGCGCCGAGGCCGCGGUGGCCGUGCUCUGGGCAGUCUGCCACAAGUACAAGGACCGGCGCGCCGCCGACGCCGCGGCGGCGUCGGAGGGCGGCCUGACGAGGCUCCUGCUACUGCUGCAGAGCGGGUGCUCGCCGGCGGCGAGGCAGAUGGCGCUCGAGCUGCUCAAGAUUUACAAGGUGAACGCCAAGAGCUGCCUCGCCGGCUACGACUCCAAGACCACCCACAUCAUGCCGUUCUGACCUAAAAAUCGAAGCUUGGUCCGGCGAUCAUGCAGUGGAAGUGGUGCCAUGGAACAGGAGAUCAACUUCUUGUUCCCUUCUACUCUUCUUCUUCGAUGUUUUCUUUUGUUUUUUUUCUUAAUUGUAAGUUUAUAGAGAAACAGGAGAUCGAAUUGAUUCGUGAAGGGAAGAACAAAAAUAAUCUGUACAUGGGUAGAGAGAGUUUUGAUAGGAAAAACAAAAUCAAUGGGAAAUUAACCGAUGAGUUGAUUCUUAGUCCAAAA